AUGCUGGCGCGCGCUCCGACGGCGCGGCCCGAGAGGCUGGCCGCGCACCCCCCCCCCUCGCCCGCCGGCGCCUCGUGGCCCUGCCCACGGAGGGGGACGGACCCGGCGCGGCGCCAGCGGCCGGCAGCGGCCCCGCGCGCUCCUCCUUUCGGGCCCCGCGCGGGGAAGCGCCGCAGGUGCGGCUCCUGCCCGCCCCUUCUGCCCGGGGCCCGGCGCGGGCCGUCUGGAGGCACCAAAGAGCAAGAGUCCCGCAGCGCCUUCAGGGCUGACCGCGUCGCUGGCGAGGUGCGGAGGGGCCGUGGCUCGGUACCAUUUGUGAUUAUCUCUGAGAGUGAUCUGACCAAUGAUCCUGCAGCGGCCCUGAAGGAAGACACACAGGCUAAACUUUACAAUAAUGACAAAGAAGAAGCAUUUAGAAGAGAAUUGCCCUACUGCACAGGAGAAAUUGACUUCAUGGCUUCCGGAAAGAAACGGGGAAAGUUUAUUAAGGUCCCAUGUACCAUCCAUCCCAGAGUAAUUUUCGAUGUCUUGAGCAACAAAUGGAACCUUCCUGCUCCCAACCUGGUUGUCUCUUUAGUUGGAGAAGAAGAAAACUUUCAGAUGAAACCUUGGUUACGUGACACCUUAAGGAAAGGACUGGUAAAGGCUGCACAGAGCACUGGUGCCUGGAUUUUUACCAGUGCCUUGCGCGUUGGAAUAACAAAACACAUAGGACAAGCAGUCCGAGAUCACAUGUUGGCAAGUACAUCGUCCACAGGGAAAGUGGUUGCAAUAGGAAUAACUUCAUUGGGAAAAAUUCAACACAAAGAACUUCUGGAAAAUGUUAAGAAUGACAAUCUUAUAAAAUACAAAUCUGAACAUAAUGCCCAGGGUCCUCUAUAUUUUCUUGACAACAAUCACUCCCAUUUUAUUUUGGUGGAUGAAAACGAGCCAGAUGAGACUACUAGUCUACGUCUUACCUUAGAGAAACACAUUUCAGAACAGCGCACUGGCUAUGGAGGAACAGGUAGUAUUGAAAUCCCUGUGCUUUGCUUUCUUGUGAAUGGAAGACCUAAAAUACUCGAGCGCAUUUACAGGGGCUUGGAAAAUUCUGCCCCCUGGCUCAUCUUGGCAGGAUCUGGUGGCAUAGCUGACAUCUUAUCAGCACUAAUGAAUGAGCCCCACUUAAUAGUGCCACAGGUAGUGGAAAAACAAUUGAAAGAGAAAUUCCCCACUGAAGAUUUCUUAUGUCAGGACAUUCUUCAGUGGACUACAGUGAUCCAGAACAUUAUUGCCCAUCAGCAUCUCCUAACAGUGCAUGAUUUUGAGCAAGAAGGUUCAGAAGAAUUGGAUACAGUAAUUUUGAAAGCUCUAGUUAAAGCCUGUAAGAGUCAUAGUCAAGAAGCUCAGGAAUAUCUGGAUGAGCUGAAGCUGGCUGUGGCCUGGAACAGAGUGGACAUAGCUAAGAGUGAAAUAUUCAACGGUGAUGUUGAAUGGAAGUCAUGUGACCUGGAGGAAGUGAUGAUGGAUGCCCUGGUGAAUGAUAAGCCAAAAUUUGUCAAGUUAUUUAUUGAUAAUGGGGCCAACAUAUAUGACUUCCUGACCUACAGCCGGCUGCAAAGACUCUACUGUACCAUCUCACCAAAGUGUCUCCUCUAUUCACUUUUGCUUAAAAAACACGAAGAAAACAGACUCACUUUGGCAGGGAUGAGUGGUCAACAGCACAAGGAAACAAUGGAUACUUGCCCGCUCUUCACUCUCCAUGAAGUUUCCAGGGUGCUGAAGGAUUUUUUACAUGAUGCAUGCAGAGGUUUCUAUCAAGAAUAUAAGUCUGGAAGCAAGAAGAAAACUGAUAAGUUACAUGCAAAAAGGUUACCUAGCCCUUUGGAUAUGAAUCAGAAAAGUGAAAAUCCUUGGAGAGAUUUAUUUUUAUGGGCAGUACUUCAAAAUCGGCACAAGAUGGCAUACUAUUUCUGGGCUAUGGGGCAGGAAGGUGUAGCUGCAGCCCUGGCAGCUUGUAAGAUCCUCCGAGAGAUGUCCCAUCUGGAGACAGAUGCGGAAGUGGUCCGCAGAAUGAAAGAAGCCAAAUACGAGCAGCUUGCUGUGGAAUUAUUCAGUGAAUGCUACCACAACAGUGAAGACCGAGCUUUUGCUUUGCUGGUGAGGAGAAACCGUUUCUGGAGCAAAACCACUUGUCUCCAUUUGGCCACAGAAGCAGAUACCAAGUCCUUCUUUGCACAUGAUGGGGUGCAGGCUUUUCUGACAAAAAUCUGGUGGGGAGACAUGUCAACAUCCACCCCUAUCUUGAAGCUAAUUUGUGGGUUUUGGUGUCCUUUCCUGAUAUAUACUAAUUUCAUAUCAUUCAGUGAGGACACCCAAUCAGUGGAAGAGCCAGAAUCGUUUAAAGAGCGUGACAGCUUGGAUACAGAAAGGACAUUGCUUUUUCCCAAGGAAGUGGAUAGGGGAGAUGCCAAAUUAGAAACACAGAAUCAUUCUGAAAAUGUAGCAUAUGCAACAUUUGUGUUUACGCGAUGGAAAAAAUUCUGGACUGCUCCUGUCACAGUAUUUAUGGGGAACGUCAUCAUGUACUUUGCCUUCCUCUUUCUGUUUUCCUAUGUCCUCUUGGUGGAUUUUAGACCACCCCCACCUAAAGGUCCAUCCAUCCAUGAGAUUAUACUUUAUUUUUGGGUUUUUACAUUGGUCUUGGAAGAAAUCCGGCAGAGUUUUUUCACUGAUGAGGAUAUGAAUUUAAUGAAGAAAUUCAAACUGUAUGUAGAAGAUAACUGGAACAAGUGUGAUAUGGUUGCCAUAUUUCUGUUCAUCAUUGGAGUCACCUGCAGAAUGCUGAAUUCAACUUUUCAAGAUGGCCGAACAAUACUAGCUAUCGAUUUUAUGGUGUUCACUCUCAGACUGAUUCAUAUUUUUGCCAUUCAUAAGCAGCUGGGCCCAAAGAUUAUCAUUGUAGAGAGAAUGAUGAAGGAUGUUUUCUUCUUCCUCUUUUUCCUGAGUGUGUGGCUUAUUGCCUAUGGUGUGACCACCCAAGCCUUGCUCCAUCCUGAUGACAGUCGAGCUGAGUGGAUCUUCAGAAGGGUCCUCUACCGUCCUUACCUUCAAAUAUUUGGACAGAUUCCACUGGAUGAGAUAGAUUCAUCUCGCAUGAAGUUGGAAAAUUGCACAUUGAAGGACAACGUGUUAUCAUGCCCUAAUGACUAUGCUAAUUGGCUUGUCAUCCUUCUUUUGGUUAUUUUCCUCCUGGUUACAAAUGUUCUGCUUAUGAAUCUACUGAUUGCCAUGUUCAGUUACACUUUUCAGGUUGUUCAGGGAAAUGCAGACAUAUUCUGGAAAUUUCAACGUUACAACUUGAUUGUUGAAUACCACGGUCGGCCUGCUUUUGCCCCACCUUUUAUCAUCAUUGACCACAUUAAGCUGUUUCUUAGACGAAUACUCAAGAAAAUGGAGCACAAGAAAGAGCACAUGGAAAGAGAUCUGCCGGAAGUCCUGGAUCAAAAAAUCAUAACCUGGGAGAUGCUACAAAAAGAAAACUACCUGGCAAAUCUGGAAAAGAAUACAAAAGAAAGCAACGAAGAAAGACUAAAGAAGAUGUCAGACAAGGUGAACAAUCUUUCAAAACAUUUUAGUGGUUUAAAAGAACAAGAUAAACGGCUUCGAUCGUUGGAAUCACAAAUCAACUAUUGCACAGUUAUCCUUUCCUCAAUGGCAGAUACCAUAACCACAAACAACUUGUUUUGCAAAGGAGCAGCUCUGAACUACACAUGUGAGUAA